AUGGAGGCGGAGGAGAUCACCCAGGUGAGCAUCGGCAAUGCUACCACCGCACCGAUGCUCUUCUGCUCACGCUGCAACAACCUCCUUUACCCCGAGUGUGACGAUGACAACUACAGCAUGACGUGGCGCUGCAACUACUGCAAAACGACUGAGCAGCACGAUGACUGCAAGCUUGUCCACGUUAUGAACCUGAAGAUGAAAGCAGACGCGAUCGGUGGCAUGGAUCUGAUUGCCGAGUUCGCCAGCGACCCAACCGCGCAGCGUGAUCCUGACAAGCCGUGCCCCAAGUGCGGCAAGAAGGGUGUUGCUUGCUUUGUGAACCCGCUCGGGCAACCGCAGGAGGACAUGACACUUUACUUUGCUUGCUCUGAUACGGUGUGUCGCCAUGUGUGGAAGGGCGCUGCCGUCGAGGACCAGAACUAG